AUAUAUUAAUGCUUUGUCGACCCUAUGCUUUGAUCAUCACAUAAACAAAUGACAAAGCCGGCACAGCUACUGCCAUCUAAUAAUUUAGAGGCCGGCCCUGAUCUUUCUAGUCUUUGAAAUUGAUGAAGAAUUAUUCUUCAUCUCAAAAAAUUCCUCUGAAGCUACACUGGUAAAAAUUGCCAACCCAUAUCUUCUUCGAUUUUGAUUGUUACUUCUUCCACAAGGUAAGCAGUUCUUCAUAGAAGUUUAUUUGCUAGGAUCAUAUUUCUCUCCUUUUUUUUUUUUUUUGGAAACUUUAAAUGUUUUAUUUAGAAUAUUUUUACACAUUCUGAAGCAUUUUUCUGAAUGAAAAUGGAGACCUGAUGUUCUAGUUUACACUUUGAGUAAGGAGUCUAGAGGCCUAGGAAAAGAUGGCUGGGAACUAUAGAUUUGCAAUGGACCAAAAGGAAAUUGUAAGGGCAUUGAUUACAACUGUGGGAAGUUUUAGUCAAGAUCGGUUGAUCAAUAAAGAACAAAGAAUCCAACACAAAGAACAGUGUGCAGAGAGAUUAGCAGCUGAAGAUGGAAGCACAGACAAGGACAUCGAGGUUCGAUACUCUGAUCAAGCUGUGCUAGCAAAUCUAGAUUGGGGAAUUGAAGCCCUUGAAGAAGCUAUUGAGACAUCCAAUAUGGAAACCAAGAAUGCAAGGUUAGACUAUGCUGAGAAGAUGCUUCAAGUGUGUGCUAUGCUGACUUCUGACCAUAAAACUGCUGGUGUCCCCAAUUCUUACCUGUCUGCAUGGGCUCAUUUGAACCUUUCGUACCUUUGGAAGUUGCGUAACAAUGUUCGUAAUUCAGUUCUUCAUGUUCUUGAGAUGUUUAUUAUCGAUCCCUUUUUCUCGCGGAUUGAUUUUGCUCCUGAACUUUGGAAAGAACUUUUCCUCCCACACAUGAGUUCAAUUGUUGGGUGGUAUUCAGAAGCUAGGCAAAGGCUAAUGAUGGAAGUAAUUCCUGAUUCUUCUGAUCUGUCUUUUACUACUGAUUUUGAUCAAUUCUUCAAUGAAUCUUUGAUUUUCUCCAUGAGGCCUGAUCAAGUAGAAAAUUUGAAAAAACUGGAGCAACUUUAUGGUGAAUCAUUAGAUGAAAAUACGCGGUUGUUUGCUAAAUACUACAAAGACUGUAUAAAUUCUGAUUCAACGGCUAACAAGAAAGUGAUGGCUCCCAUGUUACCAAUUGCUGAGCCACCAAUGACUCCUCUACAUGAGGUGAGCAGGUCAAUCCCUGAUUAUGUAAAAUUUGGUCCUAUACUACCUAAAAGUGCCGGCUUCUCUCCAGUUCUCAAAUCUAAACAUGGUAAAAGAGUAGGAAACAACAGCAGAAUGAGUGCAACUUCUUCAGCUUACUCACUGAAUAUGGAUGAAUCUGCUGCUUGGGAUCCUGAUGAUGGUAUCCCUGAGGAAAAUGAAGAUGAUUCUGAUUAUGAGCCCAAUGAUGCUUCUAUUGAAUCUGAAGAUCAAUUUGAUGAGGUCCAAUCUAGCAAAGGGAGGAAAAUGACCAGUGAUAAGGAAAUUGGAACAACUGUUCAACCUACAAAACUUAUGAAUCAAACACGUUCCCCCUCAAUCUAUUCACCUGUAGAUUCCCCUAAGACCUCUUCCUCAAAAAAUUCAUCUCCGAAACCUGAUGUGAAUUCUAAAAAGGAAUCGAAAUCAUUUUUGCGCCUUUUAUCCUGUCGUAUCACAGAUUCUAGUGAUCCUACCUCUUUGCCUAUCCCAAAUUGCAAGAGUAAUGAUCAUAGCAUAAGCUCAGAAGACUCAGAUGGUGAAGUGAUAGAGAUGCAGAAAAGCUGUAGGAAGAAUCGUGGUCGACCUCGGAGUAUGAGUUAUGAUCAUGUGAAUAUCCGAACACUGGAAAAUAGUUCUCAAAACGAAAGUAAUGAAGGGAACCAUAGCUGUGUUGCCCUCCCCUUAUCUGAGAAGCUGACUCCGCAGUCAAGACCACCAAAAGAUUUCGUCUGCCCCAUCACAGGCCAGAUUUUCAAUGACCCUGUUACACUCGAAACAGGCCAAACGUAUGAAAGAAAAGCAAUUGAAGAAUGGCUUAAUAGAGGGAACGCAACCUGCCCCAUUACUCGGCAUCCUCUCUCUUCAAGCGCACUGCCUAAGACAAACUAUGUCUUGAAGAGGCUAAUAACAUCUUGGAAAGAGCAGCAUCCUGAUAUUGCUCAGGAGUUUUCAUACUCUGAAACACCCAGAAAUUCGUUCAGCUCCCCCUUAGGGAAAGAAAUUGUAUUGGUGUCCCCAUCAACCAGAGCAACCAACAUCUCUAAUUACAAGGGUAUAGAUGAUUAUGUAAACCAAAGGGGCAAAAGGUUUACACGAGCAGCAGUAGCCACAUCACCAACCAGUGUGAUAUCUCAAGCUGCGGUUGAAACAAUUAUCAAUGGAUUAAAACCUUUUGUGUCAUGUCUUUGUACUUCAAACAAUUUACAAGAAUGUGAAUCAGCAGUGCUGGCAAUUGCUAGAUUAUGGAAGGACUCAAAGGGUGAUGUUGCAGUUCAUUCUUAUUUAUCCAAACCGACAAUUGUUAAUGGUUUUGUCGAAAUACUGUCAGCUUCUUUGGAUAGAGAAGUUCUCAGGACCUCAAUUUACAUUCUUUCAGAACUAAUCUUCACAGAUGAAAAUGUUGGAGAGACAUUGACCAGUGUAGAUUCUGAUUUUGAUUGUCUUGCUGCUUUGCUUAAGAAUGGCCUAUCUGAAGCUGCUGUUCUUAUAUAUCAACUGAGACCAACAUUUGCUCAGCUUUCUUUUCAUGACCUUGUCCCCUCCCUUGUCCAGAUAAUACUGCAUAAAAAUGAAGAAUCAGAUGAUCUUCUGUCGAUAAUGGAACCUAAGGAUGCUGCUAUAGCAAUGCUUGAACAAAUGUUGAUGGGAGGGGAUGAAAACAGUAGGUCUUUCAAUGCCUUAAGUGUUGUUUCUGCAAAUGUAAUUCCUUCCCUGGUCAAGUUUCUGGAUAGGGUGGAAGGAAGGAGGUCUAUUAUUUCCAUACUCCUAUGUUGUAUGAAAGUUGAUAAAAGUUGCAGGAACCUGAUAGCAAAUGGAAUUGAACUUUCUUAUGUUCUUGAGUUACUUCAUGCUGGCAAUGAUAGUAUACGAGGCAUAUGCAUUGAUUUUCUCUCCGAAUUGGUUCAGCUGAAUAGGAGAACACUUAGCAAUCAGAUCUUGCAAAUAAUUAGGACUGAAGGAGCAUUCAGCACCAUGCAUACUUUCCUUGUUUAUCUUCAGAUGGCCCCCAUGGAACAUCAGCCGACCAUUUCCACUCUUCUUCUGCAGCUUGACCUCCUGGCUGAGCCACGGAAGAUGAGCAUUUAUAGGGAAGAAGCUAUAGAGGCAUUGAUUGAAGCACUCCGUAGAAAGGAUUUUCCUAAUCAACAAAUGAUAGUUCUACAAGCACUCCUAUCUCUUCCAGGCCGUCUUAUUUCCUCAGGAGAGUCCUAUAUUGAAGCCUGGCUACUCAAGAUUGCAGGCUUUGAUCAACCUUACAAUGCUUUAAUAAAGGCAGAUUACCAUGAAAAAGAUUUGACUGAAAUGAUGGAAGAGGAAGAGAAAGCUGCAUGUUCAUGGGAGAAAAGAGUGGCUUUUGUCCUGUGCAAUCAUGAAAAAGGAUCUAUUUUCAAAGCAUUGGAGGAAUGCUUCAAGAGUAAUUCCUUAAAAAUGGCAAAGUCAUGCCUUGUUAUUGCCACAUGGCUCACUUACAUGCUUGUAACACUGCCUGAUACUGGACUAAGAGAGGCUGCUCGUGAAUCUUUGCUUGAUGAAUUUAUAAAUGUCCUCCAAUCAUCUAAGAACUUGGAGGAGAAGAUAUUGGCGGCCCUUGCUUUGAAAACCUUUAUUAAUGAUCCAGCUGCCCUGGAAGAAUUGGGAAAGUGUGCUAAAUGCAUCUACAAAACUUUGAGAAAGCUCAAGAGGAAUUCAUUUGUGGCAGCUGAUAUACUAAAAGCUUUAAUGAAUUUGUCAUCUGUGAAUGCAACAGAAUUGUGGAGCUGUACCGAUGUUGUAGAACUAGAUUCAAGCGCAAAUGGUGAGGUUCUGUGUAUGCUUCAUCUGAAGGGUUGCUUGAUAAGCAGUCACUCAGAUGGAACCAUAAAGGUUUGGGAUGCUGGGAAAAGGGGGUUAAGGCUGGUUCAAGAAGUUCAUGAGCACAUGAAAGCUGUUACAUGUUUGUAUGUUCCAGCUUCAGGUGAUAGACUAUAUAGUGGCUCCUUGGACAAAACAAUUCGGGUAUGGGCACUCAAACCUGAAGAAAUACACUGUAUUCAAGUUCAUGAUGUGAAAGAGGCAGUGUAUGAGUUAACAGCCAAUGCUAAAUUUGCAUGUUUUAUUUCUCAAGGAAAUGGAGUUAAGGUGUAUAAUUGGUCUGGGAUUCCAAAGCAUAUAAAUUUCAAUAAACAUGUGAAGUGCAUAGCCAUGGCAGGAGAUAAGUUAUAUUUUGGUUGCUCUGGCUACAUCAUACAGGAGCUGGACUUGUGCAGUUCUACAUUGAGCACGUUCCAUUCAGGGACAAGAAAAUUGUUGGGAAAACAAACUGUAAAUUCCCUGAACAUACAUGAUGAUCUUCUCUACGCUGGUGGUUCAGCAGUUGAUGGAAUUGCAGGAAAGGUGUUCUGUCGAUCCAGUAAGGCAGUAAUGGGAUCAUUUUCAACGGGAUUCGACAUCCAAAGAACUGCUGUCAACAAUGAUUUCAUAUUUACAGCCACGAAAUGUGGGAUCAUUGAGGUUUGGUUGAAAGAAAGAAUCAACAGAGUUGCUUCUAUUAAAGUGGGCAGCAAGGGACAUGCAAAGAUUACAUCCUUGGUUUCAGACAUGGAUGGUGGAAUGCUUUAUGCUGGUUCCUCUGAUGGCAAAAUCCAGGCAUGGACUCUAGACUAAACUGGGUUUCAUCUGCAAAGAGCAAUGUUUCUAGUAAAUCAAAUGCUUAGCAUCAUCAUCAUCAUCAUCAUCAUCUUGUAUUUUCUAUAUCAAUUUUCAAUUUCUGUAAAAUCAUUUUAUAAAAGGACAGGCCAACAUUUUUGUCAACUGUUAGUCUCUUAAUGAAAUACUACUAC